AUGGCGGCGGCCGUCGACUCGCGCCGCCUCAGCGACGCCCUCGUCUCCUUCUCACUCGACGGCCAUUUCCCCGAAAACAUCGCCGAGUUGCCGCCCGUCUCGGAAACGGACCUGGAGCCUGCCAUCGGCGACCUGGCCACGACAAAAAACGAGCUCGAGGCCCAGAUCCACACCAUAAACCAAGAGACCAAGGACGAUGUGAGCUCUUGGGUUAGAAACGCAAAGAGUCUUCAGGACGAUAUCAUACGCUCAAAGACAAUCGCAAACGACAUUAUACGCCAGGCCGAGGCGCCCCAAGUCUCGGGCGAGGCCAUCCAAAAUGCAGAGGCCAGAGCCGACUUUCUCUGCCGCGAGGUCCAAUACAGUCAGCAGCUUCACAGUGUCCUCCAGAAGAUACAAAAUGUCGCCCGGCUGUUGGGCAACGUCGACAGGGCCAAGAAUGAGCGUCGUGUCCUCGACUCGCUCCGACUCCUCGAACAGUCAUGGACAGCACUUGACCAGGUUGGUGUAAGCAAGUCCUGCCGGGUAAUGAGGCUCCUCGACCUGAGGUCUUUUGAGCUCAAAACCCAUGUCCACGACACGCUCAACCACAUUUGGAAGUCCCUGAUUAGCGUGGAUAUGGAUGCUGGGAAAAUCGUCAUCUAUGAUGCUCUUCAUGAGGACAACAUGACCCUCAACGAUGCCGUCAUUGGACUGAAAGCGUACAAGGAGACGGACGAGCGCAUGGAGCAGCUUUGGCGCAACCUGGACGCUGCCAUAGUAUCUCCCCGCAUGAAUAACUCGGCAUCCACCGUUCCAGCCGUCAAGGCCGAAGCCGAUUCUCUUGAGCUCCACGGCCAAGCCGAAACCUCGGUCGACGCCCUCAUCUCGGACCUGGAAAAAGUGCUCGUCUUCCUGGCCCACAAGCUGCCGCCGGACCUCCUUCGGUCCCUGUCCAGCAUCAUGAUGGCCGAAGUCGUCCCCAGGCUGAUCCAGCAGUGGCUCAAUCCUGCCGUGCCGCCUUCUCUCACCGACAUGGCAAGCUUCCAGAACAUGAUUCGACGCACCAAUGGCCUAGGUGCGACUCUGGAGGAAAAAGGGUAUACCGGGCUCGACGAGCUCAUCGAAUGGGCUUCCAAGGCCCAUAUGACAUGGCUCAACAAGUGUAGAGAAUCUGCUUUGGAUACUGUCCGGACGCGGCUCACGAGAGGAAUCGGCGAGUCGAAGCCGGUGGAGAAGGUUGAGAGGCACAUGGUGUCCUUGACUGAGGGCAAGGAACUGGUUACGACGGGCGCCGGCGCGACUGCGGAUAUAAACGACUGGGGAGAGGGCUGGGGCGAUGCCUGGGACGACGACGAUGGCGACACACAGGACGCCACCGGCUCCGACCCCCGGACUGGGAUCCCAUCUGAUCACACCAAAGGCGAGGACGAUGGCGCCGAUGCUUGGGGCUGGGGCGAAGACGAUGACGCCAAAAAGCCGGCCGAGGAAACCAAGAUUGCAGCGGGAGAGGAAGACGACAGCGCCGAUGCUUGGGGCUGGGGCGACGAAGAUGCCACCGCGGAACCGGCCGUCGAGGGGAACAAGGCCCGAGGCGCAUCCGCCCAAGAACGGGGGCAGAAGACGCGAGAGCUCGUGCUUAAGGAGACGUACCACAUCUCUUCCAUGCCGGAGCCUGUCCUCGACCUCAUUUUUGCCAUCCUGGAAGACGGCGCGGCUCUGACCAAGGCGGGCAACGAGUACGAUCUGGUUGCGGCGACCGCCCCGGGCCUCUUUAGCCUGCCGACAUUUGCGUUGGCCCUAUUCAGGGCCAUCUCGCCGUAUUACUACUCGCUGAACGUCGGCGGCAACAUGUUUCUAUACAACGACGCCAUGUAUAUGGCCGAAAAGCUGGCCGAUUUUUCAUCUGCGUGGAAGCUGCGCGACGGCCUGACGCCGCGCGCGCUCAACAUGCUGCGCCUAGACAGUGACAUCAAGACGCUGCAAAACUUUGCGAACCGCAGCUACGGCAAUGAGAUGAACAUUCAAAAGACGGUCCUGCAAGAUCUCCUUGGAGGCUCGCAAAGCCUGAUGCAGCAAGACGAGAUGGAAGCGGCUGUCGAAGCGGGAACGGCCCGCAUCAGGACAAUGGCGGCCACCUGGGAGCCCAUCUUGGCGCGGUCCGUCUGGUCCCAAGCCAUCGGCUCUCUCGCUGACGCGUUGGCCACGCGGCUCAUUGGCGAUGUGCUCGAUAUGUCUGCCAUUGGGCAGGAAGAGGCGUACAGCAUUGCCAAGCUCAUCGCGUCGGCGACGGAGCUGGACGACCUGUUCUUACCCAGCAAAAUGGGAGCCGCGGCGGACCCCAGCGCCGACGAGGUGCCGACGACGGCGCAAUACGCACCCCACUGGCUGCGGCUCAAGUAUCUCGGCGAGGUGCUCCAGAGCAACCUCAAUGAGGUCAGGUACCUGUGGUGCGACAGCGAGCUGAGCCUGUAUUUCUCAGCUGAGGAGGUGAUUGAUCUCAUCGGGGCCAGCUUUGAGGACAAUGCCCGGACGAGAGAGACGAUCAAGGAGAUUCAGAGCAAGCCAGAGCCGUUGGUGGGACGUUAG